AUGGAGACAGUGACAGAUUUCCCCCAGGAUCCUGACUCUGAGGGACACUUCCAGUUCCGUGUCAUCAUGCUGGGAGGCACAGUGGGCAAGUCCUCACUCCUGCACUGCUUCACUGAUGGGCCAGGUGGGGGUCCUGGUGGGGCAGCCACCAGUAGCCCCACCGUCGGCGUCGAGUUCUACAGCCGGACUAUCCUGAUGCCACCCAUUGGCAAGGCCAAGCUGCAGCUGUGGGACACGGCUGGUCGGGAGCGGUUCAGAUCCAUCACCAGGUCCUUCUAUCAGAGUGCAGCUGGGGUGCUGCUGGUGUUUGACCUCACCAACCGGUCAUCUUUUUAGCACGUUCCUGAGUGGUAUCACGAGGGGGGGGAACCGGUGCCUGCCUUUGUCCUGGUGGGACACAAGUGUGACCUGGUGGCUGAGCGAGCCAUGUCAGCAGAGGAAGCUGGACACCUCACUACCACUCUGGGCAUGGCCUUUGUGGAGACCUUGGCCCUCAGCAACCUCAACGUGGAGUUGGCCUUCCAGACACUGGCUGGAGGUAUCCAGCAGGCACUGGGCAGGGGGAUCCUUGCCCCACACCAGGGAUGUGAUGGCAUCAGGCUCUGCCCCAACCAGAGUCACCACCAGCCCCUGGCAGGGAGGGACCCCGGCAGCGCUGCCAGUGCUGAUGGGGAUAGGGGGACGUGGGACCCCAAAUUGUGGGGAUGCUUCUCUCUCCAGCCAGCACCUGCAGCCCUUAGGUGA